AUGGAACAAAAGUUGACGGAUGAAGGGUUUGAACGGUGCCAAAAAUUGGAGGCUGAAAAUGCCACGUUUCUGAGAGAGGAGUUUUGUAUUCCUACGUAUAAAUCGUUGGGUAUCUCUACGGAUGGUUUGGAUGGGUCAUUAAAUGCAGACAGUCCUGUUGCAUACUUGUGUGGAAAUUCUUUGGGUUGCAUGCCAAAGGGGGUACGGUCUGCAGUAAAUGCAGAGUUUGACGUAUGGGCGGCUCGGGCGGUGGUUGGGCAUCACCACCACCCCCGGUGGGCUGAUAAAGGAGGGUGGAUAAAUGUUGAUGAACCGUUGCUGUCAUCAGUCAGUUCACUUGUUGGAGCAUUGGAGGAAGAAGUUGCUGUAAUGGGAUCUCUUACUGCUAAUUUGAACGCAAUGCUGGUGGCAUUCUACAAGCCAAAUGGUCGGCGUAAUAAGAUUAUGUUUGAAAAAUCAUCAUUCCCCUCAGACUUUCAUGCAUUUUGGAAUAUAGCUAGAUUACGUGGUUUGGAUCCCGAAGAAAUUUUGGUGCAGGUUGCUCCAAGAGAAGGGGAAUACUGUUUGAGAACUGAUGAUAUUUUGGCUGCUAUUGAAACCCAUCGCGAUACUCUUGCACUGGUAUGCUUUUCAGGUAUCCAAUAUUACACAGGACAGCUCUUUGAAAUGGAAAAGAUUACUAAAUUUGCUCAUCGCACUCCUGAACUGAUUGUUGGGUGGGAUAUUGCGCACGCCAUGGGUAAUGUGCCAAUGAAAUUGCACGAUUGGGGUGUCGACUUCGCUAGUUGGUGCUCCUACAAAUAUUUGAACGCAGGUCCUGGAACAAUUGGAGGCCUCUUUGUACAUCAGAAGUAUGGCAAAACCAAGAUGCCUAGGUUGGCAGGAUGGUGGGGGAAUAAUAGGAAGACCCUUCCUGAUAUGGUUGAGGUUUUUGAUCCGCUUGAUGGCGCCAGUGGUUUCAGACAGUCCAAUCCUGGCGUACUUGAUGUGGUUUCUGUACAAACGUCUCUCAAGCUGUUCGAGAAAUUUGGGGGGAUAGAGCAAGUACGUGUCCGUUCUUUAAAGCUGACAGGUUACCUUUACGAGCUUUUGAUAUCAUCACCUCAUUAUCGUGAAAAGCUAGAUAACAAGGAUCCUUCAUUUUCUAUUAUCACACCUGAAGACCCUAUGAUGCGUGGAGCUCAACUAUCACUAAUCUUUGGUCCAGAAGUCAAUGAACCUAACGGAAAAAACACGGCAGGUUUGGUGUUUGAAUAUCUCAACAAACAUGGUGUCAUUGUUGAUGAACGGGCACCUAGUGUAAUUAGGUUCACACCCGUUGCUCUAUAUAAUACCUUUCAAGAUGUCUAUUACGCCGUUCGUAUUUUGAACCGCGCAUUUGAAGAUGCAGUAGUAGUUUAA